GCGGAAAGACAGCCAGAUGAAGUUUUCCGAUUUUGAAAUGAUUUAAUGUUCGAAUUAGUGUCAAUUGUGUUGCGUGUAUCAGAAGGUACAUGUUUAAAGGUGAAUGGGAUAUAUUUCUAGUUUGAAUGUACUAACAGUGGCGUACCUCUGUAUGGAACAAUGAAGAUCUCUGUAUUACUAUGGACUAUUUUACCAACAUUAAUUCUAGCUGGAUUUAACAAUGUUUUAGGUAGUGAAAAGGAAAGAUUCGCAAGAGCUAUCGGUGGAAGACCGAUAUCAAGGGGACGCUACCCAUGGUUAGUUUUACUACGUGCCACAAUUGUUACACAUAAACUUUUUGGUAUUAUACCAAUACGACAUAAACAUAUUUAUUGUGGUGGAUCAGUUCUGAAUGACAGGUGGAUCGUCACUGCUGCCCAUUGUUUUAAAGAAGAGGGAAGUGAGGCUAGACGAAUCCAAAGAUGGAAAGUAAGAUUAGCAACAUCUAAUUUAAGGAUGGACCCUUUAGAAAGAGUUCGCCAUGUGUUGGGUCAGCUAUUUGAUCGUUCAGAUUGGGUGCAAUGGGAGAUAACUGCUGAUAGACUUGUAGUUCAUCCAGAGUAUGAUUCUGAAGAUUCAUGGAAGAAUGACAUAGCUCUUGUUCAUCUGAAGCGACCAGUGCCCUCUGGUGACGACUAUUCCCCCAUAAGACGAAUAAAUCUACCAGACCAGGGAGAUAACUCUUUUCCAACUGUUGGACAGAAUUGUGUAACUCAAGGAUGGGGAUGUACCUCUCAAGGUGACGGACCAUCAUCUACUGCCCGUCUAUUAAGACUACCUAUUUAUAGUAACGACCAGUGUCGAGAUCAGUAUCAUAUGAUAAAUAUGGAUAAUAGAGUCUGUGCUGGGUAUAGAAAUGGGGGUGUCGGUGUCUGUGCAGGCGACAGUGGCAGUCCGUUGGUUUGUGAUAAAGACGGCGAGUCUGUUUUGGUUGGCGUGGUAUCUUUCACAAGUCGUAACGAACCUAGCCGAUACCCAGCGGUGUCAACCAGAGUAUCGCAAUAUGUAGAUUGGAUUCAUUCGGUCAUAAAUUGAUAAAUCAAAUUCAUGUG